AUGUGCGGAGGAACGCUCGUCGCACGAGCGCCGCGCACUCGAAACUCGGUGAAGCUGGGCUUUUUGCUGCUGCUCUUCUCGAUCGCGCAUCUGCCGUUGCUGCGACACGCCGAUGCUAAGAUACUCCAGGGCGAUUUGAUUACAAACGAAAACUGGGCAUUCCUCGCAAGAUUCUGUUUUUUAUCGAAGACCAGUCUUCUUCAGUACCACUUUCAAUUAGGAGGUGAAGAACAUAAUUUGAAGCUUCUUCUGUACUAUGAUGGAGCACAACAAUGGCCCGCAGUUUAUCCUUCCAAUAAAACGUGUCAGGAAAAAGAGAGUAUUCUCAGUCUCGAGAAAGGUCAAAUAAUACCACUGAAUACGUCGAUACCAAUGCGUUACUCUUCGGGAUGUGUCGAAGGUGAAGACGGUAUAGUUCUAUGCGAUAAUCAGAGGGGAUUCAUCUCGUCCCGACCAAGAUGGUGGUAUAUAGUUUUAGCCGAUUGCUUUUCCACGAAAGGUUUGAACGUCACGUACCGGAUAUCGCUGACUAAUGCGGCGCCCGGUACAUUCUGGAAGGAGCACUUUUCCGCGGACGAAUUCUACAUACUGCCACUGUUGAUACCGACCGCCUGCUUCUAUACGAUAUUCAUCGUUCUCAGUCUCUACAUAGCGUUGCAAUUGCGCUCCAGGAGAUUGCUACAUAUAUCCUACAAAUUGUUCAUAGCCUCCCUGAUAUGUCAAUUACUGGGAGUGUCAUUCGAGCUUUAUAGUUACAUUAAUAUUGGUCUGACAGGAAUGUCAGCAUUGAAUGCUUAUUUAUUAGGCCAAUUCUCAGAAGCAUGUUCCGAGACUCUGUACACAGUUCUCAUGCUGCUGCUCGCUAUCGGUUAUACGGUUACCAAAAGUGUCCUUACAGCAUCGCAAAUCCGAUGGCUUAUACUAUUUGUCAGUAGUACUACCCUUUGUCAAAUGUCGUUGUGUAUAUAUCAAUCCCAAGCAUUUGAUCCAGGAUUGGUGUUGUACAUUUAUGAGUCGUUACCGGGCUAUAUGUUAAUAGCAUUGAAAUUAAUUGCCUGGUUUGUGUUUGUCACUCGUUGUUUCAAGACCAUCAGAAAAUUGCAUACGAAGCUCCACUUCUACGCUUCGCUACUUUUCUUAGGAUCAGUGUGGUUCCUCUUUCAUCCUUUAACAAUAUUGAUCAACACUAUAUUCGUAGACGCAUGGGUGAGAGAAAGCAUGGCCAAAGGAAGUUCCCUCUUUAUUGUCUUCUUGGGUCACUUACUGUUUUUAUAUGUAACUCGACCAUCUGUGAAUAAUAAACGUUUUCCAUUCCACAUUAGAACAUUCCAAGUUGUGCCUAUAGGUGGUCAUGGACAGGAUCACAGUUAUGAACCUGGUCCUCAAACAGCGAUUACCACAUUUACUAUCACACGGUCACCAGCUCUCGUUAAUUAAUAAAUGUAAAUAUCACAAUAAAUAUAGAAAACAAACAUGGUAAAUUGAUGUGCAACCACUGGUGAAAAUGCACUG